CCGUUUGCCGACAGGAGAUCGUGAACAAACCAACAAGAACGAACAAAGUGAGUCCUUUCUUCACUCCAAAAAAGCACCAAAGAAACCUCAGAAAUUAGAUUUAUUGAAUGCCGCUUGGUAGCUACGAUGAUGGUAUAACUACCUGUGCUCAAAAAUGGUUACCCGUCGUUCGUUGAUACAAAUUCGAGUGUUCUUUUGGUGGCAACAUUGAUCUUAACAAGUAACAUCGCUUCACGAGGAUUCUUACUCUCUAAACAUGACUAUUUUGUUAAGGACUUUAAUUUAUAUCUCUUUAUCUAUCGUCGAGUGCAGAGUCUUACAUAUUUAUGGAUCAACGAACUCACAAGAGGUAAUAGCAAACUUUUCGAACUCCAAACUUACUAAUUAUUCACUAACAAUACCGCAAAGUUCCAAAGCUAAUUUAAAAUUUUUAACUUUGGAUUCUCGGACUGGUAUACUUCGAGCUGCUUGGAAACCGGACUGUUCGACGAUAAAAUACAGUCCUAUAGAAUGCUUUAUACAAGCUGUUUAUAAGAGUAACAACUCUCUAAUAACUUUGGAAUCGGUUUUAAUCUAUGUGGAUGCUGGAGACUGCUUUGUUAAGUUUAGUACGAGAAAGUUCGAAGGUUACGCAGUCGUUUCGCGCGGAGCAAAAAUUGGGACGAAAAUAUUCCCAUUGACGGCUUUAUACCGCUCAUCUUCGUCUUUGGAUCCUCGAUUUAUUCGACUUAUUGAUCAAAGAUCAAGAAACCAUUUCAGUGUUGAUGCGACUACGGGUCAUCUACUUCUACGUGAAUCUUUGAUUGGAAGACAAGAACGAGUAUUCAACAUCAUAGUUGCGUUUCCGGCAUCAGGACGACGAAUUUUUGAUCAAAAAGGCCAACCAACCCUCAUAGCAAAUCUUCAAGUUUUUGUCGAUGGAGAGAGGAGUUUUGAUCAAAAGUUGAGAAGAACCAAGCGAAGGAUCAGGAAUAAUCCGCCACAGUUUACUAGCUCUUAUUUACAAGCUAACGUACGCGAAGACUGCCCUAAAGGCACUACCGUUACUACGAUCACUGCUUCGGACCCUGAUAGUGGGAGUAAUGGAAUGGUUCGUUAUUCCAUGGCUGCUUCUCAGAAUCUCCUAAGUCAGUCCUACUUUAGUCUUAAUGCAGAUACUGGAGUUAUCACGACUACACAGACUAUUGACCGAGAGAAAAUGGGAAGGCAUUAUUUUCGAGUUACGGCUAAAGAUCAAGGUACACCUCCUCUUGAAUCUUCCACCGAUCUUACCAUCGUGGUGGAUGACAUUAACGACAACGCACCUGUCUUUGAGAAGAGUUUUUAUGCUGCAAGCAUACCAGAAGACAAGGUGAUGGGAGAUUUCGUUCUGAAUGUGAGAGCGAGGGAUGAAGAUGAAGGUAUGAAUGGUGAAGUCAGAUACAGUAUUCUAAACAAAAAGAGUAUAGAUUAUGCAUUUGAUGUAAAUGACCGGACAGGUGUCAUUACUGUGGAGAAAGAUCUCGACCGAGAGAAAACACCAACAUAUGAUCUUGUAAUCAAGGCAGAAGAUCAAGGUACUCCACCAAAGAAUGCAACUGUUAAUGUUAAAAUUACCCUAACUGACAUAAAUGACUGUUACCCACAGUUUUCCAAACAAACAUACAGAGCAACGGUCAGAGAAGAUGUCCGUCCUGGCACUCUUAUAACUACUAUAGUUGCGACAGACUGUGAUCAGGGUACCAAUGGAGAGGUGGUCUAUGAAAUUGUUAGUGGCAAUGACAUGAAUCUAUUUUCCAUUAACAAAAUUAAUGGACAGUUAAGAGUUAAAGCAAAGCUCGACUAUGAACGGGUAUCUGUCUUUUAUUUGUGGGUGAGUGCUCAGGAUAAGGGUCGACCAUUUCUGGACAACCAAACUGAGGUAGAAAUCAUCCUCCAGGAUGUCAAUGAUAAUGCACCUGAAUUCAUCUCUGAUAAUUUCAAGGUAUCUGUCUUAGAAAAUGUCAAGGUAGGACAGGUAUUCUCUCGGGUGCAGGCAAUUGACAGAGAUGAUGGCAGUAACAAAGACAUUGUGUACAGUUUAAUACGAACUGAUGUCCCAUUUGCAAUCAAUCCAGUAAAUGGAGAUGUUUCAACUACCAGCCCUUUGGAUAGAGAGACUAAUGCACAAUACCAAUUUGGUAUAAAAGCAACUGACAAAGGUAAACCAUCAAAAGAAGGAACUUCACAAAUGACUGUUACUGUCCUUGAUAUUAAUGACAAUCCACCAAAGUUUAGCAAAUCAGAAUAUCAGGCAUCCAUUUCUGAGAAGGCAACAUUUGGAUCAUCAGUGUUGCAAGUUACAGCAAAGGAUCCAGAUGCAGGGCAAACUGAUGUGACAUACUCUGUUGAUCGAUUUGCUCACCAAAGGUGCUUCCGUAUGAACUCCUUGGGUGUGAUAUCACUUGGCUGCAAGUUGGACUACAAAAAGACCAAGUUCUAUGUAUUCACUGUGCGAGCAAGUGAUGGCAUGCUUGACAGUACUGCUAUUGUAUAUAUUAAUGUCACUGAUGCCAACACUCAUGCUCCUGUCUUCAAGAGGCGGUCAUACAGGGGAAGAAUCAAAGAGAAUGCUAAAAUUGGAACCUCUGUCCUAAAAGUUGUUGCAACAGAUGAUGACACAGGAACUAAUGCUCAAAUAUCUUACUCCAUUGAAAGACCUGUGGCAGCUUUUGCAGUUGAUCCUACCACUGGUGUUAUCAAAACAACAGUGUCCCUAGACAGAGAGACAAAAGAGUCAUACCAGUUUGAAGUAACCGCAACAGACCAUGGAAGCCCCCCCUUGAAAAAGAAAGCAUAUGUUUCUAUUCGGGUGUUAGAUGUCAACGAUAAUGCUCCUAGGUUCUUAAAGAAGAAAUAUACUGCCACUAUUAAAGAAGACAUCAAGCCAGGAGAGAGAGUAACCCAAGUGAGUGCAGUUGACAUAGACUCAGGGCUUAACAAGAUGAUCCAGUAUUCUUUUGAAGUCAAUGGUGAUGGAGAUGGUGCAUUCGAGAUGGACGAAAGUCAAGGCGUCAUCAGAACACGCAAACCUCUUGAUCGAGAGACUAAAGCAGUUUAUCAGCUUACCGUGCUGGCUACAGACAAAGGAACGCCUCCUAGACAAACAUCAGCCACAGUCGAGGUUACCCUCGAAGACGUCAGAGACAGCCCUCCGAAGUUCGAAAAGCCGAGGUACGAAGUCCGAAUCAACGAAAACAUCGCACCAGGGACGUCUAUUCUACAAGUCAAAGCCAAGCCCCGGGACUUGAUUCCAGAUACACUUAUAAUCUAUAGCAUAGAUCGGAACUCGCCCAGGGGCUUUAAGAUUGAUCCCAGACAGGGAACGAUCACUACAGCUAUGGAACUCGAUUACGAGACUCAGUCCGUCUACAGACUCAUAGUUCUCGCUUCGUUGCGGCCUUUAUUCGAGCCCGUUGAAGUCAUCAUUACGCUUACUGAUAUCAACGACAACCGACCCGUCUUAGAAAACUUUUUUAUGAGCAUCAACGUCAAACAAGACGUCGUACCUCCAGAGGCCAAGUAUAGGAUCCCAGCAUACGAUCCCGAUGUCUCCGAUAAACUGGAAUUUGAUUUAACGUAUGGAAACGAACGGCAAUGGGUUCGUCUAAAUCGAACUACGGGAGAACUCUCUGUGAGUCCAACCCUUGUUAACGCCAUGAAACCUGCAGAGAUUGGAAUCCAAGUUUUCGAUGGCGCUAACUAUGCAAAUGCAAAGGGGUCCAUAAUGGUGACGUCCAUCACAACCGAAAUGCUAUCACAGAGCCUACAAGUUAAUAUUGAUGAUAUGACUGUACAAGAGUUCUUGAACAUGGCAUACGAUAGGUUAAUCAAGAGUAUAUCGAAAUUAUUAAAGUGUAGCAUGGACCAAGUGUUGCUGUUUGACAUUAAAUCAAUCAUCAUUAAAUCGACCACAAUCACCCAGGAUGAUAAAACACAGCUUACGAUCUGGAUGCUUGUGCGCAAGAAAGAUUCCAGUGGAUUGUAUAAUGGGUUUUUCGACUCUCAUUAUGUGCGCAACAUCAUUUAUUUGCACCGCAAUGUGAUAUCCAAGGAGGUCAACAUCAUCCUGAUGCCUUUUCCGGACGAUCUAUGUGGACAGAAACUUUGCAAUUCUUUACCAGACAUGCACAGGGAUUGUCUUACUUAUAGGAAGUUUAUUGGCGAUUCCACCAUCCUGAGCUCCCCAAAAGUGGUCUUCCGUACCGUGCCUGUAGAGACCACCUUCAACUGCACGUGUCCGGUUGAUUAUCGCGGCGGGAAGCUAUGUGACACACAUCUCAAUCUCUGCUACUCGAACCCAUGUGGGAACAACGGGGAGUGCAUCAGCGUGGAGAAAGGCUAUGCGUGCCUGUGUAAACCAAACAGAAGCGGUAAAAAUUGUGAAGUCAACAUGACUAGUGCCUCGUGCCCUCCCAAAGGAAACGUUAAACCCAAGAAAGGACAGCUCGGCAAAAACCCGUGUAAGAAUUCUGGACAUUGUCUUGAUGAUGGCGCUGGAGGGUUUAAGUGUGGCUGUAAAGACAAACCUACCGUUAGUACUCCAUUUUGUGAACUCAAGACCAGGAGUUUCAAGGAUGGUGAUUACCUGGCCUUUCCAGCACUCACGCAGAAGUGGAGAGUACACAUCAAGCUUCAGUUUGCAACAUUACAGUCCGACGCGGUGCUGUUAUACAAUGGUCGUUAUAACAACGAGAAUGACUUUAUUGCCUUAGAGAUAACUAAUGGCCAGGUUCGAUUCACCGUUAAUACUGGAAAAGAUGCGGCGAGUGCGGUUACUAACGUGGAAGGUGGUGUUAAUGAUGGUACUUGGCACACGGUGACAGCUGUCUUCAAGAAUCAGACUAGUAUUGUUAUCUUGGAUGACUGUGAGUUGGGUAUAGCUGUUCAGUUUGGUAACCAAGAGGGCUCGUACAGUUGCGCUGCAGCAAAACGACUCGACAUCAAAAAGACGUCAAGGUUCUUCGACCUGACAGGGCCCUUAUUGCUAGGGGGGCUCUCACCUGCAUUCUCCCAAUACCCAAUCGCCAACAAGUAUUACACAGGCUGCCUUAGGGAACUUUAUAUUGACUAUCAUUUACUGGACCUCGCCGAGCCUCAGUUCGCAAAUGGCAGCAAAGCCGACUGUGCUGCAAAGAAGGAUUUCUGUAGCAACUCCCCAUGUAAACGUGGCAACUGCACUAAUACGCUAGGUACUUAUUUCUGCAAGUGUCCUGAAGACUAUGGUGGUAAAAACUGCGAGAUAGUUUUAAAGAACAAGAUGCGAUUCACUGGCGAUAGUCUUGUUGUCAAAGACUUUAGAACAUCCGCCAUUAAGUUGCCAUGGAAACAGUCCCUUUACUUCAGAACCAGAAAAGCACGUGGUUUUCUAAUCGAGACCCGCUAUAGAACAAGCAGUGGAAUCCUUAAGAUUUCUGGAGGCAAACUCACAUAUCAGUACGACAAAAAAUUAACCAUAACAAUGCCUGAACUGAUAGUAGACGAUGGGGCGUGGCAUCACGUGCAAAUCACAUGGUUACCAGGUCUUGUCAAGCUGACCGCCGAUUAUAUGUACGAAGCAUCAUCCAAAAGCAGUGGGAUUCAAUUGGAGUUUACUUCACAGAUACUGAUUGGAGCAAAACAGGCCAAAAAUGUCUCACAGUCGAACAUCAGUAAACCAUUUACAGGCUGCAUAACAGGUAUAUUCGUUGAUGGCUCACAACUAGACUUCAAUGGUGCUAAGAAGCGCAACGUGUAUGAUGGCUGUAAAUUGCCCUCUCAUUGUCAAUCAAGUCCUUGUUCAGGGGAAAGUACAUGUGUGGAAGGAUGGGACAAUUACAAGUGUCUGUGUAAGCCAGGCUAUGUGGGUAAACAGUGCAAAAAUGUGUGUAGCUUCAAACCAUGUCAAUACGGCACAUGUGUGAAAGACAAGUCAUCUGCUAAAGGAUUCAAAUGUUUAUGUCCAAGGGAAUAUACUGGUGAAUAUUGUGAGACACGAAUGGAAACGCCAUGUCGGGACAAGUUCUUUGGUACUUCAAGUAUUGGUCUUUGUGGACCRUGUAACUGUCCAGUAGGAAGAAACUUCAACCCUGUGUGCAACAAGACUACUGGGGAAUGCUACUGCAAUCCCAACCAUUACCGUAAAGUGGAAGGUAUUGGCUUGAGUAAUCAGUGUUACAAAUGUAACUGCGAAUCUAUUGGUAGCUUGAGCCAGCAGUGUAAUGUUCGUUGGGGUCAGUGCCCUUGCCUCAAAGGUACUACCACGGGUGCUAAGGUUAUUGGAAGACGCUGUGACCUGUGUGAAGACAAGCAAAGUGAAGUCACAAAAUACAAGGGCUGCGUAGUUAUCAACACAUCGUGUCCACGAUCAAUGUCUGAAGAUAUGUGGUGGAAGAGAGGCACCUUUAACAUGUUAGCAAGGCAAAAAUGUCCUUUCGGUGCUUCAGGCACUGCUACUCGAUACUGUGACCAAGACAAAGGAUGGGGAAAAACCAACCUAAUGGAUUGCGUAUCAAACUCCUUCCUCAAUCUACGGCGAACGCUUAAAAAUCUCGAUAAGAAAGAGCUUUUAUGGUCACCAGAAAUAGCAAUGGAACUUGUCCGUGAUCUAGACCUUUCGAUCAUUCUAGCCACGCGAUUGUACCCUAAAGAUAUAGAAAUCGCUCUGAGGACCAUCACUGUGCUGUUCAACUAUGAAAGUCAACAGAACGCGAGCACUCUUGUCUCAGCGAAAAACCACCAGUUCGCCCAGAUUUUAUUCCAGGCUGCGAGCAUGUUGUUUAAUUCUGACAACGCAGAAGUUUGGAAUGUCGUACAACGAAAUUCUGCAGGCACAGCUGACUUGAUGCUUAAGAUGGAGAACUUCAGUGGUACGCUUGCUAAUAACCUAGCACACCUAAAAAGAGGCCGCUACAGACGAAGCACAGGCAGUAUAAUACCUCCUUACACAGUACUUACGCCUAACAUAUUGAUGGAGCUGGAUCCAGUCAUGAUAAAGAAUUUUGAAACCACGUUGUUUCCACCCAGUCAAACUACCUUCGCAGCUUACUCUAAAGAUUGGUCGAUUGUUAGUACCAGAGUCAUGUUGCCAAGUACUCUCUUUACAGCACCAGGACAUAAAGUAUUGGAACGAAAUGCUGCUGUUGGUUACAUGGUCAUUCGUAACAUUGGGGACCUUUUGCCGAAGUCCUUUGAUGCUAAAAUCAGCGACAGUAAAUACAAUGUGGAAGUGAACUCAGAUGUAGUAUCCGUCAGAAUGCCAGGCAUGGAAGAUGUGCAGUUGGUGGAUCCAAUAAAGAUAACUUUCUUAAACCGACACGUGAAUCGUUCUGAGUACAUCUGUGUGUUUUGGAAUUACUCAGUGCCUAACACUAGAGGAGGUGGCUGGUCAACCAAUGGCUGUAGAAGAGUUGCUGUUAACUGGACUCACACGACCUGCGCCUGUUAUCACAUGACUUCGUUUGCUGUACUCUCAGACCUUAAUCUUGAGUACCCUCCACAAGUGGCUUUUGCUAUGCGUAUCGUUACUUACAUUGGCAUCGCUGUUUGUAUUGCUAUUCUAUUGGUUGCCUUUAUCUCCUUCAUGUGCCUGAGGGGACUAAAGAAGAGUAACGCCAAUGACAUUCACAAGAAUCUAGUGGCCUCAAUAGUUCUUGCCGAGGUCGUGUUUUUGGCUGGCAUAAAUCGUACCGAAGAUGAGAUGGCGUGUCGUAUCAUAGCAAUCUUGCUUCACUAUUUCUUCUCUACCGUUUUCACGUGGAUGUUAGUAGAAGGCGUUCAUAUGUAUAGAAGACUUAGUGAAAAGAGAAACGUCGAUAUCGGAAGGAUGAACUUUUACUACUUCCUUGGGUGGGGAUGUCCUGCCAUUGUUGUGGGUAUAUCUGCUGGACUCUCUACAGACGGCUAUGGCAGUAAGCACUUUUGUUGGAUGUCAACAGAUGGUGCCUUAAUAUGGACAUUUACUAUUCCUGUCAUGAUUGUAGUCGCAAUAAAUACUGUGGUGUUCCUGAUGGCAGUCUACAUGUCGAUGAACCGAAGCAAGAAGAAGCGACGUCGACGUCACUCGUACAGCCCACACGGGCAUGAUGAGUACAGUUUAAAGGCUGGCCUGAGAGCUUCAGCUAUCCUCCUGCCCUUACUGGGCGUGUCUCUUGUAUUUGCCAUACUUAUGGUUAACAGGGAUCUCGAGCUGUUUCAUUAUUCAUUCGCUGCUCUCACCUGCUUCCAGGGACUUUUCAUCUUCUUGUUUUACUGUCUGUUCGAUAAAAAGGUGCGCAAAGAGUUUAAAAACGCAUAUAUUCGCUGGAAGACCGGAGACAAGAGCUACGGAAUACCAAAACCAAUACAACACUUUAAACGUUCUUAUCAUCCUGGGGAAAUAAAACCAGUACGUUCACCUUAUCAUUAUGAUGACGAUGAUGGCGGCAACACCAGUACCUCAGAACCUUCCAGCAGUAUGCCCAGUAGUACAGUAGGUACUAGUAGACCUACCAGUGAAGCGUAUAGUACUGCUACUGGCAUGUCAAUACCAGAGGACAGCAGUGUUCGAAGUGCAGGAGACGGACUUACAGGAACAGAUGUAGAGUUGGAAGAAUUUAUAUCCAAAUCAAAGGCAAGAUACUACCCUGACAACCCUGAACUAGAAAAAGCAAGAAAAAUGUGGGAAACGCCAGAAAAGUCAGGACAUAGUACUACAAAUCCUGAGUCUUCAUCCGAUGAAGAAAACCGUAACCCAUCGCCUGUUAUAUUAACUGAUUCAUCAGAGUCGUCUGGUGAUGAACAAACUCCAAACGGAGGGGAAAAUGCUCUUUUGAAGAAGAGACAGAAAGGCGCUACAUUAUAUGCAUCAGACGGUCCUAUGCACAGUACACCAAUGGAUACAACACCUGAAGAAGAGCCUGAGAAGAAGAAAUCCUUAGGAGACACAGACUCAUCCGAUACAGACGAGGAAGACAAAGCCUUAGAUAAACCCCAUAAAGUGGGCCCUAAAUUCACCAGUAUACCAGAAAUCAUCCCGGAAAUAGGUGCCUCGGGAUCCGCUGCCACUACGACCUCAGACACGCCCUCUGAAGCACCAAUCGAAAAGAAGCCUCUCAAAUCAGCCUUAAAAAAGCCAAAGGCUGGUACUUAUAAUGCUAUUCCAUUGACGGAGAGCCCCAUAACAAAUCCAGAUGAGACAACCCCAGAAAAGACUUAUACUGAAAGAUCUCCUGAAGGCUCUUUGAUCGAUCAUAGCGACAAACCAAGGUCACAGUCCAGUGACCACAAAGGAAAGAAAAAAAGAGGAAGAAAACACAAGCACGGGAGUGGGCGUGACAGGAAAUUAUUUGUUAAAUUCAAGGGAGAUAGGAAUUCAAUGCAAAUGUCCGAACCCAGCGAGUUCAUUUAAGAGAAAUGUCCAACGAACCUGCUUAACCUAUUUGACCGGAUUAACAGGAUUGUUGAUCAUCCGAGCACCAGCUGCCUUCCAAGACGAUACGUUAUUUAUAAUGCCCAUUGAAGAUGACUGGAAAAAGGGAAAAUGAAAAACUGAAGUCGUUAGAUUUUGUUAGGAGGUAGCUGGCUAACGAAUAGUAGUCGUCGUAGGAUAAGUUAAAUUGCAAUGAAUAAAGAGCAAUAAUGUAAAGACAGGUUUUUAAAACCAAGGUGUGUAUAUGAAACUUCAAGUGAAUAGUUAGCAACGCAAUUAGGCGCUUUGUAAUAUUUUAUACGCAUUUUUCUACCAUCCAUUUCAGAAUGUGAUGCUUAUUAUGACUUGUAGAUAGGAUUUUAUUUUUACUUCAUUUUACUAUAUGAAAUCAAUAGUUUUAGUGGAAGCCAGCUGUAGUUUUAGUAAGAUACGAUAUUUUGGAUACGAUGUAUAUUAAUUAUUAAUUAGCGGAACUUUUUAUUUUCAGUUUAGUAAAUGUUUUAUUCUCGAAAAUCAAAUGGUCACUCAUUUUGCAUUUUGAACGAUACACUUUUUAGUUUGUUUUUGGUUUGCGUUAAUUUGUUUUGCUUGAUUUGCGAGUUCUUCUUGUGGAUUCCAUUAAGUGGAUCUGUUCGAAGACGUCCACCUUGAAAAAAUAAAAAUAUCAUAAGGGCUCUAUCCCAUCCUCUCAUCCUUUUUUCCCUCUUAUUUCCCUUCCCUCCCACUUUCCUUUUUAUUUUUCUUCUGUUUUAUCGAAGUGCCACCCACAUCGAUCUAAGGAUGAGUUUUCCAUUAAUUUUCCUAACAGUUAUUAAUUAAGAUAUUUUUAUUGUCGUUCUAAACACUUUAAAAAAGUAUAGAUAGCCAACUCGAUGAUCUUUAAAACGCCCGUCGGCAAACUGCAAAAGUGACCAUUUGUAAGUAUUAUUCAUCAAAAAGGCUCCACCUCAAGUUCUAUUUCAAGGAUGUAAUAUCUUCAGCUGUAGUUUUAUUCAACUUUUUUUUUAUUUAUAUAGCUAGAUUCAUUUCGAUUCAUUUGUAAGUAGAAACAAUGUAUAUUUCGUGCUUUUUAGGCCAAAUAUAUUUCAAUUAAAGACAAAGUUUAUAUUUGAUUACAACAAUAA